AUGUCAUGCGGUUUUGGCAGGGUGUCCAAAGCUGUGUGAUUGAGGUUAAACCUGUUUGUUGGCUGCUGAGAUGUUUGCUGCAUUAAAGAUGCCUCUCUCUCAUACAGCCAACAGAUAGAGGAGGUAAACAUAGUCGGCCUGCUCUGUCUGAAGUGGGAUCUCAAGAUGAAAAGUUGACACAUCCAGCUCUGAAACAAAAUUGUCUUAAAACAAGGACAGGCUUAGACUUUAACUCUCUUGUAAAAAUAUGAUUAGUCAUCGAAGAAGUCUGUCUGAUAGCCUUGUGCUUGACGAUAAUGACAAAGGAUUAGUGAAUGUCUCUGGAAUCAACCAUGGAGAAUAUCAAGAAGGAGAUGGAACUAUUGGUGCCAUGAAGAAUGAAGUGAUUGACAUACUGAAGCGAACCGAACCAUUCAAUAACAAUGGAGGUCUGUCAAGGCCAGACAUGAAAUCCAGUAAAAGCUUGGGAAAUUUGGACAGGAUCAAAGCUCCAAAUGAGCUACAUAUGGAUUCUUACAACAAGCUUUUCAAUGCUAAAGUCAAAAGGUUUAUUAAAAGAAAUCCAAAAGGAAAAAGUCAAGAAGAUGUGAGACUGGGGAUGACUAAUGUCCCAGACACAGAUUUGAAAGGUCGAAGAAUAGAAGUGAAAUCGGAAAACUAUGACCGUCCACGUUUUAUGAGACCUGAUACUGAUGUUGAAGGAGACGUCACAAGGCCAGAAUUAAGUUUGUCAUCCCACAAUAAUGGACUACCAAAUUCCAGAACCGGACUUACAAUUCCGAAUGUGGGCUUAUCAUCAGACACACCCAGGUUUAAAAUGCCUGAUUUUGGACUGUCAGAACAUAAAAUAACAACACCUGACACUUAUUUCUCACAACCUAAGAUUAAGAGAGAAUUCAACUCACCAGACAUCACAACCACAGACAUCAAUGCACACACACUAGACAGAAACAAACUGCCAAGUUUACAAAAGCCACAUUUGAACUUAGAAAUUCCAAGUAAUGAUAUUGAUACAUCUGGUCUCAGCAAUGACAUUAAAACUGCUGACGUUACUAUUGACACGCCCUCAGAAAAAAUAAAAGUACCAAAAUUUGGAUUUUCAAGUCAUUUGUCUAAAGGAGGUGUUGAUGACCAAGACAUUCAGGUGACUCUCCCUGAAGCUGAUUUAAGGGCACCAAAACUGAAUAUGAACUCCCCUGAUAUCGACAUUGAUACUACAGGGAAAAUGAAAACGCCCAAAUUGAAAAUGCCUAAGCUUAACUUUCCAAAUUUUAAAGAAUCUGACAUUGAUUUGAAAGGAGAUUUGAAAAGGCCUGAUUUGAGUUGGUCCUCUCAUAAUUUUGAUGCAGAUAUUGAUGUUCCUGACACUGACAUUGAUAGACCCAAAGCAGACCUUAAGGGUGUGACACUACCAAAUAUGGACCUACCAUCUGGUAAAGCAAAAAUGCCUAAAUUCAAGAUGCCUGAUUUUGGACACUCAAUAUCUAAUUCACCUGAUAUGGAUCUCUCUCCGCCUAAAUUGAAAGGUCAGAUAAAUUCACCAAAUCUCACAGCACCAGAGUUAGAUGUUGAUGUCCCAGCAGUUAAAAUCAGAGGGCCAGCAUUUAAAGAACCACAUGCUGAUAUCAGAGCACCUGAAUUCAACAUCAAUGCUCCCUCAGGGAAAAUUAAAUUGCCAAAAUCCCCAGAGCUUGAUAUAGAUGUUCCCAGAGGGAAAAUUAAAGGACCAGCUCUUAAAGAACCAAAUUUUGAUGGGUGGGCACCUGGAUUUAACAAUGAUGUCCCCUCAGGGAAACUUAAAAUGCCAAAUUUCAAAAUUCCCAAUAUUGAGGGAAAUAUAGGUUCACCAGACACAAAUUUGGCUUUUCCUGAAGCAGAUGUAAAGGUUCCAGAAAUAGAUGUGAACUCUCCUAGGCUUGACAUUGAUAGUCCUGCAGGAAAAUUCAAAUUUCCCAAAGUAAAAACACCCAAAUUUAGCAUGCCAGGUUUUAAAGGACCUGAUGUUGAUUUUAAAGGAGACUUGAAAGGGCCAGAUUUGAGCAUGUCGUCUCCUAAAUUUGAUGCAGAUAUAAGUGGUCCUGACCUUGACAUUAAUCGACCCAAAGCUAAUUUUAAAGGCAUGUCACUUCCAGAUGUGCACCUACCAUCAGGUAAAACAAAAACACCCAAUAUUAAUUUGUCUGAUUUUGGACUCUCAGGACCUGAAGCCAAGGCCCCAGAGAUGGAUCUCUCACUGCCUAAAAUGAAAGGACCAAAUCUCACAGCCCCAGGAUUAGAUGUUGAUGUCCCAACAGGUAAAAUUAAGGGACCAACACUUAAAGACCCAAAUGUUGAUAUCAGGGCACCUGAAUUUAACAUUGAUGCUCCCUCAGGAAAGCUGAAAAUGCCAACUUUCAAAGGUCCACAUUUUAAAGGUGAAAUGGGUUCACCAGACAUUAAUUUGGCUUUACCUGAAGCAGACAUGAAAGGACCAAAACUAGAUUUGAAAUCUCCAAAUCUUGACAUUGAUGGACCCUCAGGGAAAAUCAAAAUGCCAAAAACGAAGACACCCAAAUUUAGCUUUCCUGGUUUUAAAGGACCCAAUGUUGAUGCCAAGGGAGACUUGAAAGGGCCAAAUUUGAGCAUGUCAUCUCCUAAAUUUGAUGCAGAUAUAAGUGGUCCUGACCUUGACAUUGAUCGGCCCAAAGCUAAUGUGCACCUACCAUCAGCUAAAACAAAAACACCUAAGUUUAGGCUGUCUGAUUUUGGACUCUCAGGACCUAAAGCCAAGGCACCUGAUAUGAAUCUGUCAGUGCCAAAAAUGAAAGGACCAAAUCUCACAGCCCCAGAAUUAGAUGUUGAUGUCCCAACAGGUAAAAUUAAGGGACCAACAUUUAAAGAACCAAAUGUUGAUAUCAGGGCACCUGAAUUUAACAUUGAUGCUCCCUCAGGAAAACUGAAAAUGCCAACUUUCAAAGGUCCAAAUUUUAAAGGAGAAAUGGGUUCACCAGAUAUGAAUUUGACUUCCCCAGAAGCAGACAUGAAAGGACCAAAACUAGAUCUGAAAUCUCCAAAUCUUGACAUUGAUGGACCCUCAGGAAAAAUCAAAAUGCCAAAAACAAAGACACCCAAAUUUAGCUUUCCUGGUUUUAAAGGACCCAAUGUUGAUGCCAAGGGAGACUUGAAAGCUCCAAAUUUAAGCAUGUCAUCUCCUAAAUUUGAUGCAGAUAUAACUGGUCCUGACCUUGACAUUCAUGGACCCAAAGCUAAUGUUAAUGGCAUGACACUUCCAGAUGUGCACCUACCAUCAGCUAAAACAAAAACACCUAAGUUUAGGUUGUCUGAUUUUGGACUCUCAGGACCUAAAGCCAAGGCACCUGAGAUGAAUCUUUCAGUGCCUAAAAUGAAAGGACCAAAUCUCACAGCACCAGGAUUAGAUGUUGAUUUUCCAACAGGUAAAAUUAAGGGACCAACACUUAAAGACCCAAAUGUUGACAUUAGGGCACCUGAAUUUAACAUUGAUGCUCCCUCAGGAAAACUGAAAAUGCCAACUAUCAACGGGCCAAAUUUUAAAGGAGAAAUGGGUUCACCAGACAUGAAUUUAGCUUUACCUGAAGGAGACAUGAAAGGACCAAAACUAGAUCUGAAAUCUCCAAAUCUUGACAUUGAUGGACCCUCAGGGAAAAUCAAAAUGCCAAAAACAAAGACACCCAAAUUUAGCUUUCCUGGUUUUAAAGGACCCAAUGUUGAUGCCAAGGGAGAUUUGAAAGGGCCAAAUUUGAGCAUGUCAUCUCCUAAAUUUGAUGCAGAUAUAACUGGUCCUGACCUUGACAUUCAUGGACCCAAAGCUAAUGUUAAUGGCAUGACACUUCCAGAUGUGCACCUACCAUCAGCUAAAACAAAAACACCCAAGUUUAAGUUGUCGGAUUUUGGACUCUCAGGACCUAAAGCCAAGGCACCUGAGAUGAAUCUUUCAGUGCCUAAAAUGAAAGGACCAAAUCUCACAGCCCCAGGAUUAGAUGUUGAUGUUCCAACAGGUAAAAUUAAGGGACCAGAUGUUGAUAUCAGGGCACCUGAAUUUAACAUUGAUGCUCCCUCAGGAAAACUGAAAAUGCCAACUAUCAACGGGCCAAAUUUUAAAGGAGAAAUGGGUUCAACAGACAUGAAUUUAGCUUUACCUGAAGCAGACAUGAAAGGACCAAAACUAGAUCUGAAAUCUCCAAAUCUUGACAUUGAUGGACCCUCAGGAAAAAUCAAAAUGCCAAAAACAAAAACACCCAAAUUUAGCUUUCCUGGUUUUAAAGGACCUAAUGUUGAUGCCAAGGGAGACUUGAAAGGGCCAAAUUUAAGCAUGUCAUCUCCUAAAUUUGAUGCAGAUAUAAAUGGUCCUGACUUUAACAUUGAUCGGCCCAAAGCUAAUGUUAAUGGCAUGACACUUCCAGAUGUGCACCUACCAUCAGCUAAAACAAAAACACCUAAGUUUAGGUUGCCUGAUUUUGGACUCUCAGGACCUAAAGCCAAGGCCCCGGAGAUGGAUCUCUCACUGCCUAAAUCGAAAGGACCAAAUCUCACAGCCCCAGGAUUAGAUGUUGAUGUCCCAACAGGUAAAAUUAAGGGACCAACACUUAAAGAACCAAAUGUUGAUAUCAGGGCACCUGAAUUUAACAUUGAUGCUCCCUCAGGAAAACUGAAAAUGCCAACUAUCAAAGGUCCAAAUUUUAAAGGUGAAAUGGGUUCACCAGACAUGAAUUUAGCUUUACCUGAAGCAGACAUGAAAGGACCAAAACUAGAUUUGAAAUCUCCAAAUCUUGACAUUGAUGGACCCUCAGGAAAAGUCAAAAUGCCAAAAACAAAGACACCCAAAUUUAGCUUUCCUGGUUUUAAAGGACCCAAUGUUGAUGCCAAGGGAGAUUUGAAAGGGCCAAAUUUGAGCAUGUCAUCUCCUAAAUUUGAUGCAGAUAUAAGUGGUCCUGACCUUGACAUUAAUCGACCCAAAGCUAAUGUUAAAGGCAUGACACUUCCAGAUGUGCACCUACCAUCAGCUAAAACAAAAACACCUAAGUUUAGGUUGCCUGAUUUUGGACUCUCAGGACCUAAAGCCAAGGCCCCGGAGAUGGAUCUCUCACUGCCUAAAUCGAAAGGACCAAAUCUCACAGCCCCAGGAUUAGAUGUUGAUGUCCCAACAGGUAAAAUUAAGGGACCAACAUUUAAAGAACCAAAUGUUGAUAUCAGGGCACCUGAAUUUAACAUUGAUGCUCCCUCAGGAAAACUGAAAAUGCCAACUUUCAAUGGUCCAAAUUUUAAAGGUGAAAUGGGUUCACCUGACAUGAACUUGGCUUUACCUGAAGCAGCCAUGAAAGAACCAAAACUAGAUCUGAAAUCUCCAAAUCUUGACAUUGAUGGACCUUCAGGGAAAAUCAAAAUGCCAAAAACAAAGACACCCAAAUUUAGCUUUCCUGGUUUUAAAGGACCCAAUGUUGAUGCCAAGGGAGACUUGAAAGGGCCAAAUUUGAGCAUGUCGUCUCCUAAAUUUGAUGCAGAUAUAAGUGGUCCUGACCUUGACAUUGAUCGGCCCAAAGCUAAUGUUAAUGGCAUAACACUUCCAGAUGUGCACCUACCAUCAGCUAAAACAAAAACACCUAAGUUUAGGCUGUCUGAUUUUGGACUCUCAGGACCUAAAGCCAAGGCACCUGAGAUGAAUCUUUCAGUGCCUAAAAUGAAAGGACCAAAUCUCACAGCACCAGGAUUAGAUGUUGAUGUCCCAACAGGUAAAAUUAAGGGACCAACAUUUAAAGAACCAAAUGUUGACAUUAGGGCACCUGAAUUUAACAUUGAUGCUCCCUCAGGAAAACUGAAAAUGCCAACUUUCCAAGGUCCCAAUUUUAAAGGAGAAAUGGGCUCACCAGACAUAAAUUUGGCUUUACCUGAAGGAGAUGUGAAAGGUCCAAAACUAGAUUUGAAAUCUCCAAAUGCUGACAUUGAUGGACCCUCAGGAAAAUUCAAAAUUCCAAAAGUGAAAACACCCAAAUUUAGCAUUGCUAAUUCCAAAGGACCUGAUUUUGAUGUUAAAGGAGACUUGACAGGCCCAGAUCUGAGCAUGUUCUCUUCUAAAUUUGAUGCAGAUAUUACUGAUCCUGACCUUGACAUUGGUGGACAAAAAUCUAAUUUUAAUGGCAUGACACUUCCAGAUGUGCACCUACCAUCAGGUAAAACAAAAUCACCCAAGAUUAAGCUGUCUGAUUUUGGACUCUCUGGACCUAAAAUCAAGUCUGAUAUGGAUCUUUCAAUGCCUAAAAUGAAAGGACCAGACCUAACAGUCCCAGAAUUAGAUGUUGAUGUUCCAACAGGUAAAAUUAAGGGGACAGCACUUAAAGAACCAAAUUUUGAUUUCAGGGAACCUGAAUUUAACAUCAAUGCUUCCUCAGGAAAACUGAAAAUGCCAAAUUUCAAAGGCCCUAAUAUUAGGAGUGAUGGUAGUGAUGCUAAAUUUGAUGCAGAUUUUACUGGUCCUGACCUUGACAUUGAUGGACCCAAAGCUAAUGUUAAUGGCACGACACUUUCAAGUGCACACCUACCAGCAGUGAAAACAAAAACACCCAUGAUUAAUUUGUCUGAUUUUGGAUUUUCGAGACCUAAAGCGAAAGCACCUGAGAUGGAUCUCUCUUUGCCUAACAUGAAAGGAGAAAUAAAUUCACCAAACCUUACUGUCCCUGAGUUAGAUAUUGGUGUCCCAACAGGUAAAAUUAAAAGACCAAUAUUUGUCCUGAAAACUGAAACUAAACCAAAGACUUUAGGCAAUAUGACCUUCCCUGAAGCUGAUAUCAGAGCUCCAAAACUAGAUGCAAAAUCUCCUGACAUUGACAUUGACAGUCUACAAAGUAAUUUCAAGUUACCAAAAUCCACAACAACGUUUGAUAUUCAAAACUUUAAUGAGCCUGAUAUAAACGCUAAGUAUAACCUGGGUGGGCCAAAUUUGGACUUAUCUGCAAUGGAUUCUGAGGUUGGAAUUCCUGACUAUGACACUCAUAGACCAACAAUUAAUACUAAAGGUAUCAAAGCAGACAUUACACCUCCAAACAUUGCGUUGCCCUCAGCUAAAGUAAACCUUACCGACACGAAAUAUCCUAGGAAUAGAAACACAUCAUAUGGCAGUAUGAAAGUGUCAAAAGACUUAGAAUCUUUAGUGUCAAGCAUGGACCUUGAAGUACCAAAACAAUCCUUAAAGGGGUCAAAGAUUAAACUGCUAUCUCUAGUAUGAUGGUAUCAAUGGUAGUCUUGUUUACCACAGAAAGACAUGUCUUUCAAAAUAAUUGAUUUCAUAUGAAGAAUACAUCAGGGUUAUAAUAAUAUGCACAUGUAAAUAUUAUAGGGAACAUGUAUCACAACAACACAGAAAAUAUACUACAGUAUCUUUUGUUGCAGCUUGUGUAUAUACAUUUUGUAUGUUUGUUUAGUACCACUAGUACUUAAAAGGGAACCGUAUGCAUUGCUGCACUACUACACUGGGAAAGUGUAAAGCUAUGUAUGGUUGAAUUACAAUUAAAUUGCAUUUGAAUAUUUUACACAAUUUAAUAUAUUACUUUUAAUAUGUUUAAAUGUUCAUUAAUGUUGUAAAUGUAUAAAGUAAUAUCAAACACAUGACUAUAUUGAUGUAUUAAUAAUUUGUGCCUCAUUUAUAUUAUGUGUAUUAUACAUUUGUUUGAGAGCGUGUGAUAGUGAUUUCUGUAAUUCAGUUGUGGCAAAGUAAAUAAAUUGUUAGUUUCUUAAUUAUUAUUAUUAAAAUUAUUUUCAGUACACAUGCUUUUGUGUUCACACUUGGUAAUAAAAUAUAUGUUUUCAAAAUAAUUAGACAAUAAGCAUGUGCGGAAAACAAAACGUGUACAAAAAAACUGUAAAUUCAAGUACUGGGAAAUCAAGUCAAUUGAGACAGAAUUCCUUUUUGUUUUCUAAUAGAAGCAACAUGAUUUAAUUUAUGUGAAAGUUUGUGGUAAGCAUCAAACUGGACUUGUAUAUUACCAUGUAUAUUACACAUUUUUAAAUCAUGUCAAAACUUUAGAUUCAGAAAUUUACGUAUACGAUUUUAGUAUUAAUUUUUUUUUAAAUUAAUUUUCAAAAUGCCCUAAAUUACCAAGCAUGGAUAUUUAGGAGAAAUGGUAUUUAUCUUUUGUGUCUUUAAGUACUAUAGAGGCAUCAGUCCUGAUAUGGAUAUUAAGAUGAUAUUUAUGCAUAAUUGCCAACCAGAUUGCAUCAUCUUAGUAUAUAUUCUUAUGGUAAGGUUCAGUUAACACAAAAUAACAAAUAUCCGGAUGUAUGUUAUAAUUAUUGACAGUAUGUGACCUGCCUGAGAGGGGGUGCAGUGGAGGAUUCUGUUAUAAAUAAUCUCUCUCAGAAGAUUUCUGGAAAUGUGAAUUCACCUACUGAUAAAAUAAACAUUCACUGUUAGUCCUG